AUGAGAAAGAAAACUGUUCUUCAAAAACCUCCUCGUAAAAAGCUUCUCAAGCUUCUAGCAAAAUCAAAAGCUUCUCCUUCUACCCGUUCACGAGACCAGACGUUCACUCCCUCACCUUCUCCUCCUAACUCUCCUCCUCGCUCGGACCCUAUGGCACGGACCAAGACCACACCUAGAUACCAUUCAUCUGCCAAGCCAACGCCACCACCAAAGGAGCCUCCUUCGAAACCAAGCACUUCGAAACCCAGUACCUCAAAAGGAAAAUGCCCUACUGAAGCCGAACUAGUCUCUGAGCCAACUCAACCUAAGCCAAGGUCUGUUCCUACUCGUCCUCAGAGAGAUAAAUCAUGUAUCCCUCUUAAAUCAGUUAGGGAACUAGACAUUGAUCCCUUUGCACAUAAAUCGACUUCAUGA